UUUCGCGGCAGGUUAAGACUAAGUGCUAAGUCCUCAAUUACAUGGCAAAAUAAUUUCAACCGAGUCAUCGAAAUGUCGAUAACUACGACCUACCGACGUGCGUGAUCAUUUUUUGGAUCUAGUAUAAAUAUAAUGAAUUACAGUAACUUCCAGGACUAAUUAAUGAUCAGGCCCGCAUGUAUAAUGUACUAUAUCUUAAGAUGCCGUCUACGAAAGGUAAUCCGAUCGCCACAUCGUCAAUCCAGACUUUUGCGGUAGUGUAUGUAUUCGUUCUUUUCACACUAUUAUUUACAAUUAUUCAUUCAUGAGUUACAUAGAAAAACAAGAGAGAAGAGAACUGGUUGACUAAUUUACAGCAAUGGAGAAGAAGCUCAAAUUCAUGUUCUUGAUUCUUUCUUCAAUAUCACUACAGACAAUCAUGUCCAAUGCAGACACCCAAUCCUCCGACCACCGGAGCCCCUGCCUCGCCGGAAAAGAAAAGCUAACAACGCUGCGUUUCUACGUGCAAGACUUCGUCGGCGGGGACUCGCCAACUGUUUGGGAAAUUGCCAAAACGAACCUCACCGACGUUCUUCCCUCAGCAUUUGGCCUGGUCAGCGUUUUGGACAACCUGGUGACAUCCGAACCGGAGGUCGAUUCGAAAGAAGUGGGUCGGAUCCAGGGGAUUAUCGGGUUGACGGAUUUCCACGAGAAGGCUUUGGUUAUGCUUCUGAAUCUUGUUUUUACAGAGGGUGAGUAUAAAGGGAGCACGCUUAGCGUUUUGGGAAGGAAUCCUUUAGCGGAAGAGACGAGGGAGGUUCCGAUCGUCGGCGGCACCGGUGCUUUCAGAAUGGCGCGUGGGUAUGCGGUUACUACUACUUAUAGUAACGACGAAGCACAUCAUCAUGGUGUUAUUCAGUAUGAUGUUGUUGUUUAUCAUUUUGACGGUUUAUUAACCUUGUUGUCUCAGUGACUGAAUUAACGGGUUUUCGUUUUUGUUUUGUUU